AUGAACAGAGAUGACGGAGGAAGACAAUGGAACAGUGAUGACGUAGGAAGACAAUGGAACAUAGAUGACAGAGGAAGACAAUGGAACAGAGAUGACGGAGGAAGACAAUGGAACAGAGAUGACGGAGGAAGACAAUGGAACAGUGAUGACGGAGGAAGACAAAGGAACAUAGAUGACAGAGGAAGACAAUGGAACAAAGAUGACAGAGGAAGACAAUGGAACAAAGAUGACGAAGGAAGACAAUGGAACAGUGAUGACGGAGGAAGACAAAGGAACAUAGAUGACAGAGGAAGACAAUGGAACAAAGAUGACAGAGGAAGACAAUGGAACAAAGAUGACGAAGGAAGACAAUGGAACAGAGAUGACGAAGGAAGACAAAGGAACAUAGAUGACGGUGGAAGACAAUGGAACAGAGAUGACGGUGGAAGACAAUGGAACAGAGAUGACGGAGGAAGACAAUGGAACAAAGAUGACAGAUGA